GGUAUUUCGCGCAACAGGAGCAGCAGAUAGCAGUGAACGGGCUAGACGUGGACUUACUUUUCUGCAUUUUGUGGCCUAAUUUACCGCUCCUGAGUUACCCUCCCGCCGCCUUCUUCCUCCCUGAGCCACGAAGGAACGCCCGUCAUGCUCCCCAAGGCCCCGGCAGCAUUAUGAGAUGGAAGGCACUUAGGCUGGGAUGAUGAGAAGGACGAACAAGAGCUCUUCCCACAGUGAGCACCCAGCCGACCACAGAGACGGGAGCGGUGACGGUGGGUGUGUGGGAGAGGACCAAGGCGGGGGCAGCUGCUGUAGUAGUGGCGGUGGAGACGCCAACCAGGAGCAUAACCCAGCAGCCUCCAGCCCCUCGAGCGGGGGUGGGAGGGGAGGCACGCUGCCCCCCUCUAUGCACAAGGACAGCCCCAUCACCCAGCCAGCCUCAGCCUCCCAGCACCCACCACCACCCACCAAGGACUCCAACACCAAGGGCAUGAGGGAAAAGAAGCAAUCCACGAACUCCCUUGGGGCCGGGGACGGGGCCAAGAGUGUGUACAUUGUGGACGGCAACAAGGUGAAACCGACCAUCAAGAAGAAGCCCAUCCAGGCCGACCGCGAUGUCUCCAAGGAAUUCAACAGGUGCAAGGAGGAUGGAGCCCAGCGCCUGGACCUGAGCAACUCCAGCAUCAGCCAGCUUCCCUCGUCCAUGCACAAUGUGACACACUUGGUGGAGUUCUAUCUUUACAGCAACAAAUUGGUGACUCUUCCCCCGGAGAUCGGCCGCUUGGUGAACCUGCAAACGCUUGGCCUGUCUGAGAACUCCCUGACCUCCCUGCCAGACACCCUGGUCAACCUGACGCAGCUGAAGGUGCUGGACCUGCGCCACAACAAGCUGACAGAGAUUCCCGAUGUGGUGUACAAGCUGCCUUCCCUCAUCACCCUCUUCCUCAGGUUCAACAGGAUUAGGGUGGUGGGAGAAGAGAUCAGGAACCUCAAGAAUUUGAUCUCCCUGUCACUGCGAGAGAACAGGAUCAAGGAGCUUCCAUCUGGCAUCGGGGAGCUGACCCGCCUGGGCACGCUGGAUGUGGCCCAUAACCACAUGGAGGUACUGACGGAGGAGAUCGGGAACUGCAUAUCUUUACAGACACUCCACCUCCAGCACAAUGAACUCAAGGAACUCCCCCAGUCCAUCGGCAACCUGAGGAACCUGACCUGCCUGGGCCUGAGAUACAAUCGCCUGACAUCAGUUCCACGCUCUCUUAGCAAGUGCAUCAAUCUGGACGAGUUCAAUGUGGAAGGCAACCAAAUCUCCCAGCUGCCUGACGGCCUCCUGAGUUCUCUGUCCAACCUGUCCUCCCUCACUCUGUCCCGCAAUGCCUUCAACUCUUACCCCAUGGGCGGCCCCUCUCAGUUCACAAACGUUCACUCCAUCAACCUGGAGCACAACCAGGUGGACCGCAUCCCCUACGGCAUCUUCUCCCGCGCCAAACACCUCACCAAGCUCAACAUGAAUUACAAUGGUCUCACGUCUCUCCCAUUAGAUAUUGGAUCUUGGAUGAACAUGGUGGAGCUGAACCUUGGCACAAAUCACUUGAACAAAGUCCCGGACGAUAUAUCAUGUCUGCAGAAUUUGGAGGUUCUCAUCCUGACUAACAAUUGUCUUCGGAAAAUCCCCUCAAGUAUAGGGAACUUGAGGAAGCUGCGUGUGCUGGACCUGGAAGAGAACCGUCUGGAGGGGCUGCCUCCGGAGAUUGGCUUCCUCAAAGACCUCCAGAAGCUCAUCGUGCAGUCCAACCAGCUGUCUGCUCUGCCACGUGCACUGGGGAACCUGAUCAACCUGACUUACCUGAGCGUGGGAGAGAACAACCUGAGCUACCUGCCAGAGGAGAUUGGUACCCUGGAGUCACUGGAGACGCUGUACAUCAAUGAGAACCCACUGCUGCACAACCUCCCCUUCGAGCUGGCCCUCUGCACAAACCUACAGAUCAUGUCUAUUGAAAACUGUCCCCUCAGCCAGAUUCCUCCUGAAAUUGUGGCCGGUGGUCCUUCUCUUGUCAUCCAGUUCUUGAAGAUGCAGGGACCAUACCGCACCAUGUGAGGCUACUGCUCCCUUCCUCUGAAUAUGUGAAUGGAAGUCUGAAUUGGCACGCAUCAAGAGCAGGCACUACCAUGGUGCUGCUGAUGCCAAGAGCUGCUUCACUUGUGUUGCAGUUCCUUAACCCCCCCCCCCCCCCUGCUGCCCCCCACAACAGCCCAUCAGAGUUAGCCGUUGUGGUUGGCAUAGCAGCUGGAAGUUAGUUCUUUCUUCCCCUCCCAAACCCUUUCCAAAAAACAUAAAAAACGUUACACUAUGAAGGUUAACAUGCAUCUAGGUCAUCUUACAUAAGACCUGGGUAAGAGUUAGGGAUGCAAGCUGCCCAUGUGAUAAUGUGCUUUUCUUGUUACAUAUUAAGUGUUCACUCCAGGCCAGGCCGGAGCUUAUUGACCACUAUUGUUCUCUGGCCUUGAUGAAGAGGCAGUGGAAGUAGAGGUCAUCGCUGGGAGGAGGAACACCCUGCAGCCCCUGUCUGACAGGCGGCACAAGGCAGGCCACUGGGGCCACACCACCCAGGGUAGCCGACAUUUGGUGGUCUCUGGCACCAUGGCCAAAUAUUUACCACUGCCAGGCACCAACCUCUGCUGCCAUGAGUGGCUGGCUCCAUGGCCUGGCACCAUGGUUCUGGGUAGCUUCAGUGUGAGAGUAGGCCCCCAACUUACUACUACCACUACUGACCGUAGCAAUGAGAGAGGACUAGCGCUUGUGCUCAGUGUCAAGUGUUGACUGUGCAUGUGUGACUGCACGUGCAGAGUGCCGGCCAGAGGUAGUGCCGGUGGCGCCGGCCCUGGUCUCCCCCCUAUACAAUGUCCUUCACUGACCAUGGUGGUAGCCGUGUGCGACUUCUCCCCCGCUCCACACCGGCUACUGGAUGGUGACUGGAAGAUAUUGAAGCAGCGCCCGCCACUGGCCCCGCCCACACUCUGCACUGCUUAUAUAUGUGUACUUUCUGGUGUAUAUAUGUAACAUAAGCAAGCUACUACUAGGUUGCUUCAAGCCAUAGCUGUUUGCUCCUCUCAAGACACUGUUGCUUCCCAAACCAGCUCUCCUGAAUGUUUGUGUGCACGAGUGUAUGUGUGUGUGUGUGUGUAUGUGUAUGGGUGUGUAUGCAGGUUUGUGUGUGUAUGAAAGUGAAUUUGUAUGUUUACUGUACUGAGUGUUAACUGUCAAGAAAAUUACACAAAAUAAAUAUUGAGUGUGAAUGGGAACAUCAGUAUUUUCUAGAGAAGCCUAAUUUGCUUUGCAAUGUAAAUAAUUGCUUACACUCAGUCCAGGAAUAACUUACAAAGAUGGAAAUCAAUUGUACUUUGCUUCCUGUGCCAAGCUGAGGCUUUUUACUAUUUAUGGUAAAUUUAUUUUUGUCCUUAUUUUCCCCAAAAGCUAUUGAAUCUAGUUUAGUGGCAAAAUGGGAACAGAGCCACCUUAGCUUGAUACAGCCGUACCUCGUAAUGAAUGUUUGUGUCAGCGGCUACGUCGGGGCGGCCCCGCGCCCCCCGGCACCGCCCACUGUGCCUGGCCAGAACAGCACAGCCAAAGAAGACACUCAUGACACUACCAUUGGCCGAGACUCAUUGGUGCUCUAUGGUCGGAGUCUCGUUCUCACGUUCCAGCCAGCAGAACAACCAUUCAGCCACAGAGUGAGCCAUUACUACACCAUGUCUCUGAGGAAAAUUAUCACUGGAUUCUAAGUGGUUUGAAAAUAUUUGAGUAUUUUUUUCCAUUAAGCAACAAAAAAGAAGACCAUUGUACACAGUGCAAGGCAAAAUGGGCAUUAGACCAGAGCCAUGAUGUUUUGUAGUUGCAAUGGUCAGCUGACAUGCCCUUGCACAUUCAAUAAGCUUGAACUUAAAAAAAUAAUUAACUGUUCAAGCCGCUGCUCUCUGGAGACUGGCAGUUCACCCCUGAGAACUGAACAGCAGUCCGGUCUUCACGUACCUUUGAGUGACUGCUGUUUAACACUCCCGGGAGCAGCCACGGAAAAUAACCUAGUCAGUGUGCGUUGGGGCGGUGUGCCCAGUGGCCGGCCGGUGCGGGGCUGGUCCCAGGACCCCCCGCACCACGCUGCUCGUGGCCGCCGCCCCAGACAUAACCAAUGCUUAUUACUCAAAUGGACAUGCCGUGUAUCAGUCGCAUCUCAAAAAUGUUAUUCAAUAAACCUGUAGGAACAA